AUGGUGUGCCAUGCGCGCAGAGAUCCCCCCUCAUCGCUAUUCUUUCACCGCAUUAGUCUUGAGCGACUCCCCAUGUCUGCAGAGGUGACAUCUGCAGCGGGAGCGGCAGGAAACAGGUUUCGCAUUGGGGCCAGAAGACGACGGCUGAGCAGGAUCUUGAGCGAUGUCUACUCGCAGCUCAACAACGUCACGCCUCGCCACGAAUGCAAAGCCAAUGAGGACUAUCUCAAGCGCAUCUUUGCUAUAGUCAACUCAGAGGGCAGAAGAAAAGUGUCGACCAUUCAGCUAUUGACCAUGCGCUUCAACGAUGCGAGCCGCACCUCUACCGCGAUGAUGAUGGCCGCAGCCGAUCACGGCAAGGACGGUUACCUUACGGAAAGCGAGUUCGUCUCCUCCUUGGUUCACGUAGAAAGUGGGGCAGACCUCUUGCAGGUGGAUUGUAAUAAGUCAAAGCUGCCCAAGUUGAGCUCCAGCAGCGAGAACGACGACGCCGUUCUUGACUCCCUCGCUGGUCACUCCACUCAGGAAAAAUCACAGAACGACGCUCAUCUCCUGAAGACCCUCGGCAAUAUUCGUAUGCGUGGCGUCGAGGUAACGAGCCUGUGUAGCCAGUCGAGCAGGUCCAAGUGCAUCGCUACCUCACCCGAUGGCAACCUGUACGCUGUGGCGCACCGAUACGACAAUGUCGCGCAUGUGUACAUGAUCAGCAACGGCGCCGAGGUGUGUCGGCUUGCGGGUCACCAAGGGUCGCUGCUAGGCAUUCUCCUCUCCCGAUCGAAAGCACAUUGUGACGGCAGCGCGCGACAACUUCAUGGUCUUCCGGGAUCACACGAUCGGACUGGUGUGCCGCUUCUCCGAGCACCCGGGAAUCGUCACGGCAGUUGCGGUGAGCCUCAAGGGCAAGUUUGUCUUCAGCGGGUCUCAGGAUAA